GGCGAUGUCGCAAUGAAAUGGUUAAGAGUCAUGGAUACCGCCAAAAAUCGCAACUCCUUUACGUGGCCUCAUAUGCGUGAAGAUGGAACCAACUCUUUCCGACUAAGCGAUCACGUAUGGAUAUGGAGUUCCAUUAAAGCAAUUUCCAUUCUCCUCAAUUGGGAAAAAAUGAUAAAAGACGACCGCAAGGACAGAACCAAACGAAAAGGUUCAUUGGAGGAUCCAGCUUCAUUCUCAACUCAAAGGAUCCCGCUGAUGCACAAUACGAGGUCUCCGAGAGAGACGCGAUUUGAAUUCCACGAUUCUGACACAGUAUUAUUCUAUCCCCUUGUGGCAGGACAGAAGAUGCUCGAGCCCAAACAGAAGCUUUGGUCAAGACUGAUUCAAAUUCAAAAACGCUUCCUUUCAGCUCAAGAAGUAGACCAUGAUAACCCACUGCGUUAUGGACUUGAGAUUUUGACGAGACAUUUGGGUGUUUCCCAUCCUGCAUCCAAAACGACGCCCGAUUAUCCAUCGCGCAUGCUUUAUGAAAGCAUGCUCCCAAGCGGCCUAUUUCCAGAGCAGAUUACGAACUCUUGGGGAGUAAAAAGCAAUAUCGAUCAUCAAGAUCAUCUGUUACAUGUUCCAUUUGAGAUUGCAUUUCUGCUUUACACCACC